AUGAACCUUGUCAUUCUCACUGUUUUCUCUGCUUCUCUGGCUUCCCUUUUCGGGGCCUCGGGCCUUUCCCCCCGAGAUGCCGCCGAGGCUGCUUGUCCUGAUGUCGGCCGCCAGCCUUGCGGUACACUUUGCGUCGAACAAUCCCAUACCUGUGGUCCCACAGGGUGUCCUAUCCAUUCCGUCUGCUGGCUCGGGGACCAUGGACUAUAUGGCUGCUGCCUUGCCGGGAAAGGCUGCCGAGUCUCGGGGGGCUCUGACAUCACCACCGACACCAUCAGUGUUCCUGGAAACACCAGCGCCAUCACUACUUCCGAGCCAACUUCACCUGGAGAGGAUAGGACUGCUAUUGGUGAGACAAUCGCCGCUGAAACCACAACACCUUCAGUUGCUGGUCCUACUGGCGCCGUAGCUCGCGUCCCGAACACAACAGCAAACUCCAACGCCACAGGGGCUGCUGCUCCCACCGCGUCGAGCCCUCCUAUUACCGCUGGAAUUGCGGCCAAUGGCCUCGCUGCUUCUGGCCUGCUGGGGGUCGUGCUUGUUUUGAAUCAUCAGAUGGCUGGCGGCGAAUUCCGCGAGAGAAAUAAGAUGGAAAUACUCACGGCAUCAGUGGUUGAGCAUCAAGACCUUGCCGAAACGCUGCCCGGACCACUGGUACUCGUACGCCUCCUUCAACUGCUCCAGCUCAAACAGUCUCUUGUCAACCACGGGCCUCGGCGUCUCCGGAUUGCCCUCGACGGCGAGGCACAUGUCCUCCAUCUGCUGGCGGCUUCUGACCAGGAUCCCCCUCGUGGUGCACAGAUUGUGCAAACACUCGAGGAACCCAGGCUGGUCCUUGGUGUCCUGGCCACCUACAAAUCCGACAAUGGUGAUCAGCCCCGAUACCUUGACCGCCUUCAAGCUCUGCUCCAUGGACUUGGGCCCGGCAACCUCGAUGAUGUGGUCGAGGCCCACGCCGCCGGUCCCCUGGGUGAGCACCCACCGUCCCCGGGCGACCGGGUUGUCCAGGACGCCGUAGAGUGCGUCCACGCCGUGACCCCGGCGUCGGCUUGGGUGAGGGGGCCGCCGAUGUGCUCCUGGCUGGCGCCGUCGGAGCCGCUUCGGGAAGUAGGGCCUUGA